AUGAGCUGCGAGAUGUUAAAGGUGGUUGCAAUUGCAGUAGCGAUUUGCGGGAUACUUGCCAAGCAAGAUGAUUUGAAAAUGGAGGACCUAGACCUGAAGUAGGCCGUAUUACCCCAAAUUUUAAGCUGUUUGCAGGGCUUGGUGGGAAACAGAGUUUCAUCCGACCUUUGAAGGCCGUUUAAAAUGUGAUGGCGGUGGCCUACGCAAUCUGAAGAAGCGAGUGGUAAGAAACAAACCUCUCAAUGUCAACGAAUUUUCCAGAGAGUUGAACUGUACGAACAAGAUUUGGGACAACAGCAUUGGUUCGACCCUGACGACUUCCUCGGUGCUACUUAUGCAGACCCUGGUGGAUAUUACUUUAUCAACGGAACAUCCUCGGAGAUUGGCGAGAUCGAGCCGUACAUUGAGAUGUAAGUUCGUGAACUAAGACAGCAAAAAGGUUUUGCCUAUGAAGCUAAAUUAACAGCGGUUUUUUGCAGCUACAAGAUAAAAAAUUGUUGAAGAAGGUAUAAUGCUUGCAAAUAGAGGCCAGGCCUUGCCUUGCAGGCUGACAAAGAUAUUUUGAAACCUUUGCGAGCUCUACGCGCCCAAGCAUUUACAACGUGUAUAUUUUUCCGUUUCUUUUAUCAUGCAACUUGACGAAAAUGAUUUCAGAAUCCACACUUGCGGAGGUCCCUGCCGAAUUGUCCGCCAAUACACCCCCACUCCUGUAAUUGAACUUUUCGAAAAUGGAAGAAUGUGCCCAAAAGAUCGAAUAUUGAAACCGUGA